GUCUGACCCACUUUCUGUCCGAAAUGGCUCUCACGUGGCUUCUGAAUGGUCAGAGGUGUGUCCUGGCUGACCCUGCCCUCCUGAGGAUCUUGCCUGUGGAAGGUCCGAGUUGCCUAUUUCCACUAUUAAGUUGAACAAGGACUCCUCAACCCAAUAGUCAUCAAGGCUGUUGGCCAACUAGUUAACAGAGCAAAGCAGCCAGUUGGUCCUGGCCUGAGAGAGGAGCCAGGUGUGCAGGACUCUGGGCCUGUGGGAUGAGUGGGAGAGUCCCCCUGGCAGAGAAGGCCCUGUCAGAACGCUAUGCCCGCCUCCGGUACAGGGACACUUCCUUGCUCAUUUGGCAACAGCAACAGCAGAAGUUGGAGUCUGUACCACCCAGUACAUACCUGAGCAGGAGCCGCAGCAUGUGGUACUCCCAGUAUGGAAAUGAGGCCAUCUUAGUCCGAGACAAAAACCAGCUCGGGGUCUCUAGGGACACUGGCCAGUCUAAGUUUUGCUCAAUCAUGUAAUUCCAGGGAGAAGACCUUUGAUGUCCAUGAAGAUCAAGCCAUGGUAUUAAAACCUCAACACCCAGAAACAUCAUCUAGGCCCUUUAUAGUGUGGCAUAACUGGUACCUAGAC